AUGCAGUCCAAGAUUGGCUUCUUAGCCUUGACCCUUGCUAACCUUGUUGUUGCUGGUCCCUGCAAGCCCAGUCGACCAACCACAGUGAGCAGCGUCUCUCUUGUAACCUCUGUUACUACCGCCGAUAUUUCCGAACUCUCAACCGAUGUUCUAAACAGCCAGACAACGACAGACACUCUCUCAGUCGAAUUAUCCACCACGACCAGUGAGAAUAAAGACUCUACCGAUGUUUCGAGUAGCCAAACCAUCGUUGACAGAGAUUCUGUCACAAUCUCGGGUCCAACCAGCGACAUCACAAGUCCAACUUUGACCUUCCCCCAAUCAUCGACUACAACUGAAGAAGAGGUCAUCAUCACCACCCUCUCCAACUCUCUCGCAGGUGGUUCUUUUGCUAGCCGCGAUCCCGAUAGUCCAAGCGGUCUUAAAGACUUUGGUGCAACUGGAAAUGCCGAAUUCCAUUCAGGAGGAUGUUACAAAGGAGACGGUAGCCCCGAUGAUGGUUGCGCUGCUCUGACUGCUGGUGGAAGCCCAGAUGGCAAAAGAAGCUUUUUUGGCAGAUUUGCAAGUAUCUACCAGGUCAUCAAGGCAGCACCACGCAAGAAGUACACUAUUCAGUUUUUAUACCUUGUCACCUCAACCGGCGGUUCUCAGGACUGUGUCGUGAGUGCGACAUUUGGUAACAGAAAGUUCUUUUCUUUACCUGCUACUAGUCCUGGAGGCACAACAGUCAAUUGGGCUAGAGUUCUUGAGCAAGUCGAGACAAUCGGCCAGGACCCUGCCUUUGAUAUCUCAUUGGAAUGCACUGGUCCUGGUUAUUCUUCAAUCUUGGUUGACUCUAUCUUCAUCUCGGAUAAAGUUACUCCUGAGACUAUUGGUAACUACCAUCUUCAGUUUGAUUCGUAUACUGAACCGGAGACUACUACUACGUCGUACCAAGAGACCAGCCAAACAGCACAUACUGGAGCUUCUUCAACAGUCGGUAUCACAGCCACUGGAUCUGAUGCUGUAGCAUCUGAUACUACUGUCUCCUCUCAGACCACCUUCCAAGGUGAUAAAACGACUUUAUCUUCUGAAGCCACAGCAACGUCCAAGUGCGCAGUGGAAUGCGAUCUCAUCGAUGAUUUUCAGAACAACAACAUGUGCGACCUCGUCGGCGUCUUUGUCAAGACCGAUGCCAUCUACGGAUUCCCUGGUGACGACAAUUAUGCAACUCAGUACCGCUCAAAGUCCAUCACAGAAUGUGCUGACUUCUGCAAGAGAGACAUGCCAGGUUGCAAGUCAGUUGGGUUUCAGAAAUUGUCCGGCAGAUGUUUCUUCUCCAACACGGUUGUUACUCAAGACGAUAUCACUGAUGGACGUGAUAGCCAGAUGGCUGAUUGGUAUAAUAUCGAGGGAUGCUUUACUUGUCAUGUCAGUGGCUGUGAGUCUGGCACACUUGCACCUGAGAUCCCUUCCACCACUGAAGUUCCAGUGAUCUCUCACACCACAACAACCACUCAGCCCACACAAUCUGUCUGCAAGUCCACAUGUGAGAGGAUCCAAGACUUGUCUGAACAUGAGGAUUGGAACUGUGGUCGUCUCUAUGGACAUGCCAGCGAUGGAGUCUACACAUUGCCAGGUGAUGAGGAGCCCGAUUGGAGUAAUCACCGCUUCGACAACGUGGCACAAUGCGCCGAAGUUUGCAGAACUUUGCCCGGUUGUAUUUAUACUGGAUAUCAGUUCGCUUCUCAAAGGUGUUUCUUCUCCAACAGAGAGAUUACCGAAGUCGAACAAGCGGGCGACAGUCAAUCCGCUGAUUGGAACGAGUUGAAGUGUUUGGCUUGUUCAGGCUGCGGGUUAGAUGAGAGUACUACAUCUCAGGCCCCUACAUCCGAGGUUGCAAUCCAGUCAUCUACAUCAAAGACACCUACUAGUUUAGUCACCACUACCAAAGCCCCUCAGGCAACCGGCGCUUGUCAUAACAAUCACGGCGAAGUUUGCGAGAUCAGUUCGUCAGGUGUUGACAACACCCCAUACGUCUGCAUAACAGGUGGUAUCUUCUCAGGUCCAAGUUGGACAGAACCUCGUUCCAAAUAUCCUUUGCAGGAAAGCCAGAAACAAUGCGCAGCUAUCUGCGACACCCUCGAGGACUGUGAAACCUCUGCAUUCUGGGGCUCCGAAAACCACUGUAUCUUCACAUCCACAAAGAUUACAUCUUCUGAUCUUGAAGAGCCUGAUCCAAACCUUGAUGAUCCUAGCUUCGACCCGAAAAGCGCUGCGUGGAGCCAUAAAUCGUGUUGGACAUGUCCAACCUGCGUUCCCAACAAUAGUCCUCUUCCCAAGAGUCCCACGUGUAACUAUAAGCAAGGCGACUCAUGUACACGUUUGAUGACUGCCACCGGUGUUUGCAACGCGUCCGGGUGGUUGUCGACAGGAUAUCGCGCUAUGGCUUCUGAGUGGUACCCUGAUCAGAGCUCAAGUGCCAAGUGUGCUGCUAUUUGUCGAGCGAACAGUCGCUGCAAGGGAUCGAGUCACAUAGGUGGUCAAUGCUAUAUUGCUGAUGAUGCUCUUACGCCAGGGGCUGUUGUUACCAGGCCGAAUAUCAACCAUGUAUGGGAUGAGCCGUCUUGCUGGGAUUGUCCUGGCUGUCAUACUUAG